AUGAAAAGAUUAUUCGGUAAAUACCAUCAACUUAUACUUCGAAAACCGUUGCUAACCAAUAUGAUAAGCACGGGCUUCCUCCUUGGAACAGGAGAUUGUUUAGCACAAACCUUAUUCCCCACGCAACCGGGCCAACCUUAUGACUGGAUCCGUACCUUGCGAGCAGUCUUCUACGGUGGAGUCAUAUUUGCGCCACUUGGAGACAAAUGGUACAAGAUCUUGAAUACCAAGAUUGUUUGGCGCGGUAAAAACGAACGAACCAUGUCUACCAUUCUUCGAGUUGCAGUUGACCAGUUGGUUUUUGCUCCGUUUAUCGGGAUACCGUUAUAUUACGCGUCAAUGACCAUACUAGAGAAUAGACAACCGUAUCUAGACAGGAUUUUGGAAAAGUUCAGCACGAGUUAUUGGCCCACGUUGAGAAGCAAUUGGCUAGUUUGGCCCAUAUUCCAAUGGUUUAAUUUUUAUUUGAUACCUGUUCACUAUCGGUUGCUCGCCGUCAACUUGAUCAGCAUUGGGUGGAACACCUAUCUCAGUUUUGUCUUGCACAAUACAAAGUGA